UUCAACUUUAAACUGAAGUCGAAGCUCAGACAGAAGGAGAGCAGUCAUGGGCGAUAUAGUUCUGGUGGCAGACCUGCCAACAUGCAGCAUGUGUUCAGACAAACUCAAGGAGAAGAAUUCAGAGUACUGCAGCUGCAAUGUGAAGCCUUCAGAGAUGGAGAAGACUCAAGUGAAUGGGAUCUCUCUGAUCAAGACCAAAGAAGACAUGGAGAAACAGGAAGAAGGAGAGAAAGACAGUCAGACCACAGAGGAGAGCAAGAUUCAGGAAGACCUCCAGGAGUCUGAAGACCCUCAGAAACCUCAAGAGCACCAGGACGUUUUGGAGGACGUGCUGAGACCAGAUGAUGUGGUGUGUGAUGCCUGCAUUGACCAUCUGUAUCAGGCCAAGAAGUCAUGCCUGACCUGCUUGGUGUCGUACUGUGAGACUCACCUGAGGCCGCACCUGGAGAACGUCAAGUUUCAGAGCCACAAGCUGGUGGAGCCGCUGCGAGACAUUGAGAGACGCACAUGUGAGACUCACCACUGCCCACUGGAGCUGUACUGCUGCGCUGAUGCAUUAUGUGUGUGUCAGGAGUGUUUGUUAGAGGAACAUCGCGGACACAACACUGUUGCCAUCACUGAAGCGCGCAGGAAAAUAGAGAGAGAGCUUCAGGACAAACAGACAGACAUGGUGAAGACGGUCACAGCAGCUGAGAACGCCAUUAACAAACUACAGGUCAACGCUGUGUCUAUUGAGGCGUCUGUGAAAGAGGUGCAUGGCGUGAUCGAGGAGCAAUUCAAUAUUCUGCUGGCGGCUGUGGAGCAGAUGAAGAAGGAUGUGAGCGAGAUAUUGGAGGUGGAAGAACGUCAGGCACUGCGACAGGCUGAAGGAAUCCGAGUUCAUCUGGAACAACGUUGUACUGACCUGAAGAAAACACAGACACAGAUAGAGAAAAUCACCAAGAACAAAAAUGACAUUGACUUCCUGCAGGAGUAUUCAGAGUGGAAAAAGGAAGUGACUGACGUGUCUUUACCUGGUGUUUAUAUCGGCCUCAUAGAUCGACUUCAGUCCUUCAGCCGCAUCAUCACGCAAUCCACGAAAGAGAUGUGCGAUAACCUGCUCACCUCAUAUACCAAUAAACUUAAAGACACCUGCAAAAAUGAUAAUGUGGGCAUAAAGACGACGGUUUAUUCCAAUAUUGCAGCAAAACAGAACAUGACAAUGCCUAACCCGAAGACCAGAGAUGACUUCCUUAAAUAUGCCACGCCACUGUGCUUUGAUGCAGAUACAGCGCAUCAGUUUCUUCGUCUCACAGAAGAGAGAAAGAAGGUCACAAACACGACACCAUGGCAGCACAGCUAUCCUGACCUCCCCGUGCGCUUCCAGCACUUGCGACAGGUGCUGACGGUGGAAAGCUUCUACCUAGGCCGUCAUUAUUUCGAGGUGGAUAUGCGAGGAGAGGGAACACACGUCGGCCUGACGUACAACAGCAUCGACCGCAAGGGCUCUGAGAGCAACAGCAGCAUCUCAGGAAAUAACUUCUCCUGGUGCCUGCAGUGGAACGGCCGGAACUUCUCCGCAUGGCACAGCGAUGUGGAGACGCCGCUCAGUGUCCAGAAAGUGACACGGAUCGGCGUGUAUGUGGACUACUCUCGUGGCAUGCUGGCGUUCUAUGAUGUGGAGAACAGCAUGGCCCUCAUCCACCAGUACCAGGCAGAGUUUCUCGAGCCGCUCUACCCAGCGUUCUGGCUUCCCAAGAAGGAGAACGUUGUGGUUUUGGUGGAGCCUGGAGGAGCACUAUCUCAGACAACCCUGUCUCCUGUUUCCUCUCCUCCAUAAACUGCUGCUGCUCUUCCUCCUCGUACCCACAUCAUUUCCAUCUUUUUAGAGAACUAACUUUUGACUGACAUUAAAGUUUUAUGACUGCAACAAUCCAUUUCCAAGAUGUGUCAUAAUGUAUAUGGGUCACUCCUGCUAUGUAGUACAUUUCAUGUCCUCAUAUGUCUUAAUGUUUUGAAUAAAAUAUUAUACACACAAUUUUGAAAGAUGUUCGAUAAAAUUACCAAAAUUGGUACGAUAAUAAUACCCCAGUUUUAAAGGUUAAAAAAAUUAUCAAAAUUACCUUUAAGUUAACAUGCAACUUUAACUUGCAACUUUAGCUCUUUUUUCCAUCCUGUUAAUUUACUUGCUAUUCUGUAUCUAAUAAUCAAGAUAUAAUUGAUACAUUUUAAGAACCUGCGCUUGACCAGGGCAUAUUUCUGAAAGUCUGGUAGACACUUCUGUAGAAAUACUUUAAAGUAAUGCCUUUAUUGUACAUGAGUAUUUGCCUUACAUGAUUUUUUUAAAUAUCUAAUUUAGUUUCAUUCAUUUCAUUUUUAAUACACAAGGAAAAUAUUCCUCUAUGUGUCUAUGCUAUAGCGUUGCACAAGAGACCAAACCCAGAUGACGUAGCUGAAGAUUAUGGUACAGUUCAUUAGGGUUGCUCAUGGGUAUGAGUCUCUUUACUGUCUGUAUGCUGCUGUUUUUCAUGUUAUUACUCUUUGUUCCUCUUUACAUUGUGACAUUUUUUUGUCAACAAAAGAAACAUCAUGUGUCUAUGCAAAUAAAAACUACAAUUGCUACAGUGA